UCAGUCAUGAUGGCUCUCUUCUGGCAUUGUGUGCUGCUUUCUUGCCUGGUCGGUCUCCUUUCUGCAGACAUGCAGCUGGACUGCAAGCCUGACCACAUGACCCUUGUCUGGAUGGAUGGCAAGUCUCAGACUGAUCUGUCGCUCUUCCGUCUUGGUAGCUGCUUCCCCACCAGUGUCUCAAAGAGGGAGGUUGUCUUCAGUGUGGAUUUCAGUGACUGCAGCUUUGGGAGACUGGUUACUGGGGAUAAGCUGAAAUACACCAAUGACCUGAUCUACACCUCCUCUCCUGACUCUUACGUGCCUCCCUUUACUCUUCCAGUUGUCUGCUCGUAUGAAAGGCCCAAAGACUGGUUCCCAAUGAUCUAUGACCCAAUAUUUUCUACUUAUGGAGUGGAGGACUUGGUUUUCCACCUGAGCCUUAUGAAUGAUGACUUCUCAGGCCCUGCUGAGUCUACUAACUUUCCUCUGGGCUCAAUGAUCCCUAUCCUGGCGAGUGUGGCGCAGGAGAACCAUCAGCCCUUGCUGCUGCUGCUUGAGGAAUGUGUCGCUACCACCACCUCAGACCUGCAGCCUGGCUCUGACUUGUUCCCCAUCGUCACCAAUAAAGGAUGCUUGGUGGAUAGCAAGACUUCACGGUCCAAGUUUGAAACCAGGGAUAAAACUUCAGAGCUCAAGCUCCUACUCCAAGCAUUUAGAUUUGCUUUGGGACAGGAGGUUUACAUCCAUUGCAGCCUUUUGGCCUGGGAUCCUAUUAAUCUUGACAACACCAAGAAGGCCUGCCAUUAUGUGAAGGAUCAUGGAUGGGAGUUGCUGGACAAUCCUGUAUAUAGUGGACUGUGCGACUGCUGUGACUCCACCUGCAAGGCCAGAAAAGCAAGAAGCUUGGACUCUGGGGAAGCUGGCUUGGUGCGAAAGGCUGUCCUUGGACCCCUCACCAUCACAGACUUGUCCUCCUGAGGGGUUAAGUGGAAAUGAUGAUGACUUGCAGAUUGCUCUAAACUUGAAGUUUUAUCAACUUAUAAAUGUUGCCAAUGUCUGUCUUGAAAUAAAUUGAUGAAACUUGUAAA